AUGGAAAAUAAAGUUAAUUUUAUAACUUCUGAAAAAGGCAAACCACUAGUUUUACUAAAUUUACAUAAAUAUCGGUUUAUUAGGGAAAGAAAAGACGGAAUUAAAAAAUGGCUGUGUACCAAAAAAUCAUGUUAUGCUAGCAUUUUGACAAAUGGAGAGUAUGUCCAUGAAACAAUUAAUGAACACCACCACCCUGAAAAUUCACAACAGAGCAUUGAACGACAAGUACUACGAGAAGCUUGUAAAAGAAAAUCAAAUAAUACUAUUUGUGUCAGACCCAUAAAAAUAAUUAGAAACGAACUUAUGGGGAGCAAUGGCAAUCACUCUGAAAUCGAGCACAGAGAUGUACGGUCGAUUCGAAAAGCAAUGUACGAUAAACGUCGAAAAAAUUAUCCCGCUUUUCCAAAAUCUAAUUUAAAAUUUAAAUUUUACUGA